GGAAUGAACCUAACCUAAAAAAUUACGGACAAUAAAGCAAGCGGUCGGCGCCGAUCAGUCGAUCUCCCGUCGCGAUUGUCGACCGAUUUAAUUAACUAUUUUCAAAAUCGAUAGACAUAACAUCGUGCUACUUAAAAUGCGUUCAUAUGAAUGAGUCACUACCUGCAGUGUAUUUUAUUCCUCAACAAUAAGUGCAAGUGUUAGAAACGAUGAGCCUCUCGUGAAUGGUCGCGACUACUAGUUCUGUCAAAAAGGUCAAAAAUAUCUCGGACAUUGACUGUUUUCUUAUCAUGAAGAUAAUUCCCUCGUCGAAGGUCAUUCGAUAUGAUCAGUGAAACUUUUAUUUUACCUGACACGGUUUACUCAUUCUGGUAAAAACAGUUUUACAACGAACCACUUGAAAGAUAUGUAAAUUUUCCCAUGACCUGAAUCAAUGAAUAAUGUUGAUUUAAGAACUAUGGACGUUGGCGUCGUGAAAAUAGCGGAAGACAAGGAUUUUGAGAAGCUGAAACAGCUUUAUGAUAACAACAAUGAUUGGAGAUUGGAUUAUAAUAAACCAGAUUUGUCUGUUUGGACAAAAUCCGUUCCGGGAAUUCAUUUUAGGAUGGUAAAAAUUAGAACGAGAUUUCCUGAUGUGUUACCUGAAACUCUCUUUGAUGUUCUCCACGAUCCCGAAUAUAGAAAAGUUUGGGAUACUCACGUAAUUGAAUCAAAAGAGAUAGGAUUUUUUAAUCCCAAUAACGAUAUUGGGUAUUAUUCCAUGGCUUGCCCGUCACCCUUGAAAAAUAGGGAUUUUGUGCUACAAAGGUCAUGGCUCGAUACAGGAAUGGAGCAAUUAAUAAUAAAUCACACCGUUUUUCACAAGGAUUAUCCGCCCAGAAAACAUUACGUGAGAGCUACAUCUUACCUGACAGGGUAUAUAGUGAGACCGUCUCGAAAUGGCGAUGGUUCCGAAUUGGGUUACGUUUCCCACACAGAUCCACAUGGUAAAUUACCUGUGUGGUUAGUAAAUAAAGUUACACAGAUAUUCGCACCAAAGAUGGUGAAGAAAUUGCACAAAGCUUCAGUAAAUUAUCCAUCUUGGAAAAUGCUGAAUAAUCCAAAUCUUAAGCCGUGGCACUUUCCGGAACAAAUUUCGGCACCUAGGAUAAAACUUGAAGAGUGUGUAAAAUCUGCAGAAGAGAAGAAUCUGAAAAAUAUCUACGUUGAUGAGUCCGACUUAAAAGACAAAGACGUCGCGAUCAUGGACAAUGACUGACUGUGUGCGAGACGAUCGUUAAAUUCAAGUAAGUUCUAGAUGGGAUUAGUUUAGCUCACAGAAUCCGCACAGUAUUGCUGUUUUUAAGAACUUCAUUAACGACCGUACAGUUCGAUUAAAUCGUUCGCAUACUACAAAAUAGCGAGAUCAGAUUAUAGCAUAAAUUAACGCCACUGAUUACAUUUACUUUAAACCGAUACAUUUUCAGUCUAACUAAAUUUGAAUUUCUUAAAAUUGCAACCCUUAAGUAUAUAGAAAGUGCUAGUUUCUGCAACUACUAUACAAUUUUUAUAGUACUCUUUUGAUUAGAAUGAGUUUUGUUCAAUAAAAAAAGGCCUAAUCUUUGUCGGAAAUGUGUAAAUAAUUAAUAUUCUCUGUAUGACGAGUUAUCUAAAAAUUUUGUCGAAAUUUACUAUUUCUAAAAUUGUUAGAUA